CUGAAGUGGUAGAGCUCUUGUGAUGGAAAUGGAUGGUUUCAACGAGAAUUCCUGGUGGACAUUGCCUGAAAACUUUGAUGACCCACUUGUGACAUUCAUAGAUGAAGCCCAGGAAGAGCACAUAUUUGGCCAUGAAGACUUACACCUCAGAAGCAUCGAGCUACACAGCAACACCCUCAUUCAACUGGAGAGGUGGUUUACAGCUUCAGGCCAGACUCGAGUCACUGUGGUUGGACCAAUCAGAGCAAAGCGGUGGUUGAUGGAUAUGAUUCGGUGUGUGGGGAGCCAGAAUGUUUACCACCAGGCCCGAGGUCAAUUGAUGUUGCAUCUUGUCCGGAACCAACCCCUGAUCAAUGCUGACUUCAAUGCCUCUUUCAGCAUGCUGGCAUAUAUAUGUGGCCUGAUUUGUCAUAUCUCUUUUGCUUUCUGA